AUGGGGAACGAAAUUUCGGGACGCCAAACGGCUGUUUAUAAUAAGUAUGAAAUAGACGUAUAUAGUAAAACGAAAUGGUACCAUGGUGAUUAUAUUAAUUUUUUAAUAGACGAAAUUCAGAAGGAAACAUGGAAAAAUGAUAAAUAUAAAAAUUAUAUGAAAGAUAAUGAGGGAAAUGACAUAAAUGAACCAGAUAAACAAUUUUGUAAAUGGAGAGAAAUUCAAAGAGAAAUAUUUGAAGCGGUAUUAGAUAAUCAUAGAUUAAUACUUUAUACGUGGGAAGAUAGAGCAAAAGGAUUAAUAGAUGAAGCGCAUAGAACAAAAUUUCCUAGACAUGAAUGUGAAGAAGUUAAAGAACACAAAAAUGAAGAUAGUGACCGUACACCUUCUACUGAUUCUAAUGAUGCAAGUACCAGUAGUGAAAAAACUAUAGAUUUAGGAAUAUGUUUGCCAAAUAGAAGGAAAAAUAUAAAUUAUCGAUUAAGGAAUAUUGAAAAACAAAUAAAAGAUAUACAAGGUCAAGUAGAUGGAAGCGAUAUAGCAAAAGCAAAAAUUGCUGCAACAACAGUAAUAGGAAGUCUUGCAAACCAAACAAAAAAUGAAAUAGAUAAUUUAUUAAAACAUUAUCCUCAUAAUACUGAGCUGAUAUGUGAAUUGAUAGCUCGAACAUAUGCUGAUUAUAAAGAUAUAUCAAAAGGUAAAGAUAUUUUAAAACAUGAUGUGUCACAAAAUGUUCAAAAAUUAUUAAACUAUAUUGUUGAUAAAAUUGGAGAAAAAGAAAUGGACAAAUUAUGGGAAAAACAUUUUAAAAAUACAAUAGAAGAUAAAUUAAAAAUAUUAAACAUAUAUGAAAAAAAUUCCAAUAAACAAAAAUUAUGUACUUUGGAUCAUUCGCAACAACAAAUUCCUCAAUGUUUACGUUAUAUGCAAGAAUGGUUUGAGAACUUUUUAGAGCAAAAAGAGUUCAUUGCUAACAGAAUGAAGCGUAUAUGUACUGGAGAAUUGAAAAUACAAAAGACACAUAAUAUAAAUUAUAUAUAUUUUUGUCAACAGUUCUGUAAUAAUUAUAACGCAUUGUUACAUUCGAGUAAAAGUUGUUAUGAGAAAUAUAAAAGUCAAUGUGAAAAAAAUUUAAAACGUGACAGUACAUAUUCUACAAAUCCCAUAUAUAAUGCAGAUAUACAAUCACUUGAAAGACAAAUAAAAACAAAAAGUGGUUGCGGCAAUACCUGUGGAACACUUGGUAAAGUCGAUUUAAGUCCAUUAUUUAAUGAAAAAGAUUCUUCCACUAAUAAAUCAUACUAUUGUCAUUGUAAUGGACAGCAAAACAAAGAUAAGCCGCCAUGUAAUAACCAACAACCUAAACCUACUAUGUCACUUAAAGGUGAAUGGAAAAAAGGUAUACAUAAAAUCUCUAAAACUCCUCCCCAUAAUGCAUGCGACUUACAAUUUGGAGAUCAUAAUUCUACUGGAGGUGGUGGUGCCAACCCCUGUGGUGGUAUACCUAGUGGUACUUCGUGGAUAUGUGAUAGAAAUAAUACAUUUGAAGAAGGUAUAUGUUUGCCUCCAAGGCGUCAACGUUUAUGUAUAUCGAAUAUACGAAAUUUGAAAGAUAAUGAUAUUAAGAGUAUGGAUAGCAAUAAACUAUUGUUGGAACUGAUGUUGGCAGCAAAAAGUGAGGCGGGACGUCUACGUAAUCAGAAACGUGGUUCUAGUGCGUGCGAUUCCAUCAAGUUAAGUUUUUAUGAUUUUGGAAAUAUAAUUAAAGGUACAGAUAAAGCCAAGGAUAACAAUUCGGUGGAGACUGAGCAAAUUUUGAGGAAAAUAUUUGAAAAACUCAGCAAUGAGUGGAAAAAAAAUGGAGACGAAAAAUAUGAGACUACCACGUCCUAUGACGGUCUUGGAGAAUUACGUAAAGAUUGGUGGGAAGAGAAUAAAAAAGAUAUAUGGGAAGCAUUCAAAUGUGAUGGAACGACAAAAAAGGCGUGUGACGGUAAUGAAACACCACAGGAUAAUCGCUCCCAGUUUUUGAGAUGGUUGGACGAAUGGGCCACAGAAUUUUGUUCUGAACGUAAAAACAAGGAACAAGCAGUAAAUGUGGCAUGUCAAACUUGUGAUGACGAUGUAUGCGAACCGUCCAUAUGGUCGUCAUUUUCUAGCAGUUGGUGGAAAGCCCCAUCUAUCUGCGACUGCAAAAACAAAUGUAAAGAAUAUUCUAAUUGGAUUCAUGACAAAAAAAUGGAAUUUGGUAACCAAAAAAAAUACUUUGACGAAAAACUGACGAUAAUAGAUAUUGGUGAAACCAGUAGACGUACCCAUAACAGUACCACUAAGAGUAGUGUUUCCGAAUACUUGAAACCAAAAAUGACAAAUGAAUGUAACUAUAUUGAUUUCUCAAAAUCUGAAACGAUAUUUUCGUCUUAUCCUGACGAAAGUUCGCAAUAUAGACAUAAAUGUAGUAAAUGUUAUGCUCAACUUGAGGCAGAUCUAACGUACAAAGACAGUAAAACACCAACGGCUGUAUGUGCCGUCCAUCAAAUAUUAACAAGAGAAAAUAGUAACCUAACACAAACAUGUAAUGAUAAAAAUACUACUCCAAAACAAGGAGAUGAUGCUGUUUGGAAAGAGAAAAAAAUAAGUAGCACUUAUAGUCAUACUGUUUCCAGUGCUAUUAAUGUUGGUGUCCCUCCUAGAUAUGAAGGUAUAUGCAAAGACUCAAUAGAAAAAAAUAAUUCUGCGAGGGAUGAUCAUAUUUUUAAACAGGAUUUUUAUUAUAAUAACCGUAUGUUAUUGUCCGAACUUAUAUUGAUAGCAAAACAUGAAGGGAAAAACUUGUAUGAGCACUAUAUGAGUGAAAAUGAUAAAAAUGUUUUGUGCACUGCUAUGCAAAGAUCAUUUUCCGAUAUUGGCGAUAUAGUUAAAGGAACAAAUCUAGUGGACACGGAUGAUAAUAACAAAGUCGAACAACAUUUGAAAGAAAUGUUCACGAAACUAAGAGAUGAAUAUAAAUGGUUUGGAUCGGACUAUUAUAUAUAUUAUGGUGAUGAUGGACUAUCUUUAUUUCGCAAAAAUUGGUGGGAAAGGAACCGCCACAUGAUCUGGGAAGCAUUUGAAUGUAAUGGACGUAACAAAGAAUGUCCAAACCAUAACGAUAUUGAUAAGGUACCACAAUUGUUACGGUGGUUAGAAGAAUGGUCCGAAGAUUUUUAUGAACAACGACAAAAAAAAAUUGAAGAGUUGAGAAUUCAUUGUGACAAAUGCACAAUGAACCAUGAUCAAAACCAACCUAACAAUUCACAAAAAUGUAAUCCCCAAGAUAAAUGUAAAAUAUGUAAAGACAAAUGUGAUGAUUAUAAAAAAUGGAUAGAAAAAUGGAAAGAACAAUGGGAACUUCUUAAAAAAUAUUAUGAUGAACAAAAUAAUAAAAACUAUAAUGAAUUUAACAAUCAUGUUAAAGAUAUUGAUAUAUCUCAGUAUGUCGUAAAUAAAUUGAAAGAUAUAGGAUGUAAUAAUAUUACCUCUUUUGAUGAAAGUGAUGCAUUUGCAAAUUAUCCUAAUUCAUAUGAAAAAAUAUGCAAUUGUGUUCCUACUGACACUUCCUCAUCAAUCCUUACCAAAGACGAAAAUAAUUGUAAUGACAAUUUUAAAUCUCAAUGGAAUUGUGAAGAAACAAAUGGACCUACCACAAAAGGAGAACGAAAUAUGUGUGUACGAAACGAUGGUAAUAUUGGUGAUAAUAUCGAUAAUGUCGAUGCCAACAUGUUAUUCUUUAAUAGUUUUACACAAUGGUUAGACGAAAUAUCUUAUAAUAUGAAGGAAAAUAGUAAUACAGUAUCCCAAACAUGUAAUAAAGAAAUUAUUGGUGGAACCCCAAAAAAUAAUACCAUUAACGUAAAAUGUAAAGAAUGUCGAAAAAACUGUAAAUGUUAUGAGAAAUGGAAAGAAAAAAUCACGGAACAAUGGAAAAAACAACAACAAUAUUACAGCAAAUAUGAAGAUAAACAAGGUAAUCAGAUGAGUGGUAUUGAUCUUAAUGAUUUUUUAUAUGCAUAUUGUUUUAUAAAAGAUGAAAAACGAACAGAAAAGGAAUGUUCCCCAAAGGAUACAAGUAAAAAUAUUAUUGAUGAAAAAAUUGAUGAUAUAGAUAUACGUAACACGAAUGUAUGUGGUAUAUGUCCUGAUGAUCCUACAAAUAAUAAAGGUGGGGCGGGUGAUAAUUGUAAUAAUUCUGGAACGACUUCUUUGACAGGAAACUGUACUCAAAAAGAAUAUGAUAAUAUACAAAAUAAUGGUUAUAAAAAAGAUUGGACUGUUGCUAAGAAAAACAAACAACAAGAAGAACCAGGUGUGUAUGUUCCUCCACGACGACAACAGUUAUGUAUAUCAUACCUUAAGGAUAACGAAGAUAUUAAUGUUGAAGGAAAACUUAAAAAUGUCCUUAUUAAAGCAAUUAAAAGUGAAAUUGAAAAAUUAUAUGAAUAUUACCAAUAUACAAAAAUGAAUUAUAAACCUGUAAAUAGUGAUGAAAGUAAUCUAGAUGAAAAUGGAUUACCUAUAGGAUUUUGUAAAGCUGUAGAACGAAGUUUUGCUGAUUUAGGAGAUUUCGUUAAAGGAACAAAUUUGGAUUACGCUGGACAAUCACAAGAUGUAAAAUCCAAAUUGGAUACGUUUUUUAAAGACAAAACGAAAAUACCAGUAGAUAGAAAAACGUGGUGGGAACAAAAUAAACGAGACUUGUGGAAAGCAGUGAAAUGCGGAAUAAAUGGUGGUAACGAUGGUUUGGAUUGCCCCCAAAAUAUUGAUUUCGAUCGACGUGAUCAGUUUUUACGAUGGUUCGAGGAAUGGGGAGAAUACGUAUGCAUAGAGCACAAAAAGAAAUUGGCAUAUUUGAAGGAGCAAUGUAAAAAUUGCGAUAAUGGUCUAAAUUGUGGUAUUAAAAGUGGUUCCAGUCGUGGUGCUAGUACUGGUGGCACCAAUACAUGUAAUAGCGGCAAUUGUACCAAAGCAUGUGGAAACUAUAAAGCAUGGAUAGAUAAAAGAAAAAAAGAAUGGAACAAAAUAUUAGAGAAAUAUAAUGAAAAACAAAGACAAUAUAAAGAUGAUGAUGAAGAUGAGGCAACGUUUUGGGCAAAACAUAUGCCUGCAUCUACAUAUUUGAAAUUUUUUAAUACUGAUACAUGUUAUAAAACGUUUUUUAACAAACUUUUUUAUGAUAAAUAUGAUUAUGGGGAUCAACAAACGUUAUGCGAAUGUAAUGAAUAUAAAAAAAAAAUAAUUAUUCCAUCUGAAGAAGACGAUCCCGCAGAUGAUAAAAUCAAAGACGAACCAUGUAAAGUUAAUAUUAUCACUACAAAGCUAUCAAGUUGUCAUGAAAAAAAUUUUGAUGGUGUGGUAUGGUCAUCAAGAAAUGUACGUACAGAUGAAAAUGGACAACGUAUGUUUGGCGUCUACGCUCCUCCGCGCAGACAAAAACUUUGUGUCGGAAAUAUAUGGCAAUAUGCAACAGACGAAAACACUUUAUUGAACGAAUUGAUACUUGCAUCAAAAAAGGAAGGGGAAUAUUUAAAAAAACAUUAUGACGAAAAAAAAAGUGGAAGUAAAGGAAGUAGUGGAAAGUAUAGCGAAUUUUGUAAAGCUUUAGAACGAAGUUUUUAUGAUUUUGGAGAUAUAGUUAAAGGUAUAGAUCUGAGAAGAGGAGCUAUAGUUACGGCAACGGAAAAAACAAUUCACGAAAUAUUUAAAAAAGAACUUAAUACUAGUAAUAGUGGUGGAAAACCACAUAGUGAGGACAAAAUAGAAAAAGAACGUAAAAAAUGGUGGGAUAAAAAUAAAGAAAAAGUAUGGAAAGCGAUGACUUGUGGCAAUAUAUGUUAUGGUUCCAUUCCUAGUGAUACUUCUCCACAAGUUUUACGAUGGUAUGAAGAAUGGUAUGAAGAUUUUUGUGAACAUAGAAAACAACUUCUGAAAAAUAUCAGUGACAAAUGUAGUGGGAAAAAAGCAGAUGACAAAUGUGAUGAUAAAGAUAAAGAGUGCGAAACUGCUUGCUCCAAAUAUAGUAAUUGGCUCACACCUAAAAAUUUUGAGUGGAGAGCACAAAAAAAAAAUUACCAAACUAAAAAGGUUAAUGAACAUAUGGAAGAAAAUGAAUUCCAUAAUAUUACAAAAGGUAAAAAUACUAUAGAACACUAUUUGAAGGAUAGGUGCGAAUGUGAUAAGACUAAAAUUGAUGAUAUGGAUAAAAUUGUUGAAAAAAAUGACGACGAUUACAAAACGAAAUACGAACCUUUAUGUAGUAUAUGUCGAAUGAAAAAUAUAAUUGAUAAAGCAAAAGAAAAGCAAAAUCAAAAAAACAAAUAUCCUCCUGCACCUAUUUCACCUAUCGAAGAUAUAUGUACUAAUGGAAAGGUAGAUUGUUCAAACGUUAAUGAUAAGGGUGAUAUUAAGGUCCCUAUGGAUCCACAAACAAGUGGUAACACUGAUCGUAACAAAGAUGGAACAUCAGAUAAUUGCGGUGGAAUACCUAGUGUUACGUCACAAAUUAAGUGGAAAAAUAAAGAUGAUAGUGAUUAUAAAAACCUGGAUAAUGGUGUGUACGUUUCUCCUAGAAGACAAAAAUUAUGUGUAAAAGAUCUACACCAAGCAACCAGUACAGAUGAGUUAAAAACUAAAUUAUUGACUGUUGCUGCAAAUCAAGGAUAUAAUCUAGCUAUUAAAUAUGAUGAUUAUAAAGAUACAUAUACUGUUUCUCCAUGUAAUGCAUUAAAAUAUAGUUUUUAUGAUUAUAAACAUAUAAUUCUAGGUGAUGACCCGCUCGAGCCUGAUACAAAUCCCACAGGACAGAAAUUGAAAGAACGUUUUCAAAAAAGUAUUGGAAAUGAUUCUAAGGAUGAAAAGAAACUUAAAGAGAAACGUCAAAAUUUUUGGGAAACCAAUAAAAAAUGUGUAUGGGAUGCAAUGAAAUGUGGAUAUAAAGAAGGAAAAAAAAAAGUCGAAGAAAAAGGAAAAACCAGUGUCCUAGAUAUUAAGGAUUGCACACAAAAUAGUCCAACCGAAUUUGAUGAGGUUCCACAAUUUUUAAUGUGGUUUACUGAAUGGACUGAAGAUUUUUGCAAUAAAAAAAAUAAACAAUUGCAAAAUUUGAAGGGGAAGUGCCCACAUUCUACGUGUAGCAACGAUAGUAUGAAAAAAGAAUGUGAAGCUGCGUGUGCAGAAUAUAAACAAUUUAUUGAAAAAUGGAAAGAACAAUAUGAUAAACAAAGCACAAAAUUCACAACAGAUAAAAAUGAAGGAAAAUAUGAUGCUGUUUCCGACGCAAAACAUUCAAGAUAUGCCUAUCAGUAUUUAGAAAAAACGUUAAAAAAACUUUUCAACUGUGGAAGCAAUUCUGGAAAUUGCAACUGCAUGGGUAAAUCCUCGUCACAAUCGAAACAGUCGUCACUGCCAGAAUCUUUGGAUGAUCUUACAACAAGUGAAUAUAAAUAUAGAUGCGAGUGCCCCGCAUCACCUAUACCUACAGCACCUGCUGGUUCCAAUAAUCCGUGUGUUGCCAACACCAUUAAACCCACCAAAAAUGUGACGGAUAUCGCCAAAGAAAUGCAGGAAAAGGCAAACCAGAAAAUGAAAACAAAUAGUGUCAACGGUAGUGGUGAGGAUGAGUUAAAAGGAGAUAUAUCACAAGCGGAAUUUAAAAAUGGAAUUAAGCUGAAUACCAAAAACAUUUGCGACCUUUAUAAAAAAACACAUACGAAUGAUGGUCGUACAUAUACUGAUGAUCCUAAUCCUGGUGGUGGUAAACAUAACGGUCCAUGUACAGGAAAAGGUGGAAGUACAAAAGAAAGAUUUAAAAUAGGAAAAAAAUGGGGACCGCAUAACGAUGUUGAAGCACAACAUAAGGAUGUAUUAUUUCCUCCGAGAAGGUUAGAUAUGUGUACUUCGAAUUUGGAGAAUUUGAACACAAAUGUCCCCGGACUAAAAGAUGGCAAUAAAGCUAUCCACUCAUUAUUAGGUGAUGUGUUAUUGACAGCAAAAAUUGAAGCACAAAAUAUAAUAGAUCUGUAUAAAACAAAUGAUGGCAAAAGUGGUUUAUCUGACCCAAAAGACAAAGAAACGGUAUGUCGAGAAAUGAAGUACAGUUUUGCAGAUCUUGGAGAUAUUAUAAGGGGGAGAGAUAUAUGGACUGAAAACGGUGAUAUGAAACAGCUAGAAGGAAAGUUAAAAAUCAUUUUUAGUAAAAUUAAAGAAAAUACUCGACUCAAAGGCAUAUAUAAUCAUGGUACCCCAUAUACCGAAUUACGUAACGACUGGUGGGCAUUAAAUAGAGAUCAAGUAUGGCAAGCAAUGACAUGUGCACUAGAAAAAGAUAAAAUAUCAACUACAGACUGUAAAUACAUUGCUACUAGUGGUAGUCCUCGCCCUAGUGGUCUUACUACCACCCCUUUUGACGACUACAUCCCGCAAAAAUUGAGGUGGAUCACCGAAUGGUCCGAGUGGUAUUGCAAAAAACAGUCACAACUAUAUAAUGAUUUGGUGGGGGAGUGUAAGGAUUGUAAGAGUAAUACAAAAUGUUCACAAUGUAAAGAUUGCCAAGCUAAGUGCGAAUUAUAUAAAACAGAAGUAGAAAAAUGGGAAACUGAUUGGAAAACAAUGGAAGGACAAUACAAAAAAUUUUACAGUGAUGCAAAAACUAAAGAUGGCAGUGAUGAAAAUGAAAAAUAUCUAUACCAAUUUUUAAAAAAACUAGAAGAUCAAAAUAGUGGAAAUAAAACAUAUGAAAGUGCUGCAGGAUACGUACAUGAAGUACUUAAAGAUAUGGAAUGUAAAGAACAAAAAGAAUUCUGUGAUAAAAAAAAUAGUGUUACUAACCCCAAUUAUGCGUUCAAGAGUAAACCAAAAAACUAUGGUACAGCAUGUAGUUGUAUCCAUUCUACGGUUCCACAAGCACCACAGGGUACGAAGACAUCGGAGUGCAAAAUUAAUGAAUAUAUUCAACAAAAUGAUACCACAUAUAGUGGUUCAAAAAAACCUUGCAAUGAAAAAACAGGUAACCCCAAACCUUGGGAUUGUGGUGAUGUAGUGAAACCUGUAGUAUCUAAAAAUGGUGAAUGCAUGCCUCCUAGAAGACAAUCAUUAUGCAUAUUUUAUUUAAAAGAAAGUUCUGUUACUAAUAAAGAUAAAUUAAAAGAAGCUUUUAUAAAAUCUGCAUCAAUUGAAACAUAUUUGUUAUGGAAAAAAUAUAACGAGGAUCACCCUGUUGAAAAACAGAAAUUAAAAAACGAAGGAACAAUCCCUGAAGAGUUUAAACGUCAAAUGUUCUACACGUUAGGAGAUUUUAGGGAUUUAUGUUUAGGAACCGAUAUAUCAGAAAAUAAUAAUAAUAAUAAAAAUGUUAGAGAAGCAAAAGGGAAAAUAACUGAUGUUUUCAAAAAAAAUGGCAAACACGGUGACGAAAACCCCAAUAGCCAAGAACGCCAAACUUGGUGGAAAGGAAUAGAAGAACAAGUAUGGGAAGCUAUGGUUUGUUCUUUAAGUUAUGAUGAAGGAACAAAAAGUAUAGAUACAGGUACUCGCGACAAACUCAAAGGCAAAUACGACCACGAUAAAGUGUUUUUUGAUACCACCAACGGCACGUCGUUACCCCACUUUGUGGCUCGUCCGCAAUUUUUAAGGUGGAUGGUCGAGUGGGGGGAAGACUACUGUAAAACACAGGCAAAGGAGUAUAACGAUUUGGUGACGAAAUGUAAGGACUAUGAAUGUAAUGGUAAUCAGAGUAAUAAAGGAAAAUGUGAAGACGCGUGUACGAAAUAUCGAAAUUUUAUUAAACAAUGGAAUGUACAUUAUGAUAAACAAAGUGGGAAAUAUAGUCAGGUAAAAAAUCAAAAGGAAUAUAAAGAUGCUGAUGAGGACGUGAAAAAUUCAUCAGAUGCGAGAAAUUAUUUAAAAAAAAAAUUAGAAAAAAUGCAAUGUACAAAUAGUGGAACUAGUCAAAAAUGUGAUUAUAAAUGUAUGGACGAAACGUCGAAACAAAAUGGUAAAGAUAUCCCUAAAUCCUUGAAAGAAACCCCAGAUAUAGUGGAUGGGAAAUGUCCAUGUCCUGCGAAACCUCCACCUGCACCUCAACAGAAGGAUUCGUGCCAUAUAGUGGAUACAAUACUUAAUAAUAACAAUGCAAAUGGUGAUAUAGAUGGGUGUAAAAAAAAAUAUGAUCAACAAAAACCAAAUGGAGGGUAUCCCGGGUGGAAGUGUGAGGAAAAUCAGUUUGAAAGUGGUCAUAAAGAUGCUUGUAUGCCCCCAAGACGACAAAAAUUGUGCCUAUACUACUUAACACAACAAAAUAUUAGUGACAAAGAGAAAUUGAGAGAAGCAUAUAUCAAAACUGCUGCUGCCGAAACGUUUUUACAUUGGCAGUAUUAUAAACAACAUGGUGGUAACACUGAGGCACAAAAACUUUUGGAGAAAGGUGAGAUCCCUCCCGAAUUUUUACGUUAUAUGUUCUAUACAUAUGGAGAUUUUAGAGAUCUAUGUUUAAAUACAGAUAUGUCAGUAAUAGAUAUAGGGAAGAAUAAGGAUGUGACAACAGCAAGGCAGAAAAUAACUACUGCUUUAAAGAAUGGAAGUCAAGAACCUAAUGAUGCAAAACGUAAACAAUGGUGGGAUGAAAACGGCCCUGAUAUCUGGAAAGGGAUGGUUUGUGGUCUAUCACAUCAUAUUAGCGACAGGGAGACACGUAAUAAAAUCACGAACAACAACAAAAACAAACGUUCCCAGGAAUAUUUUGCAAAAAGACAUCAAUUUUUACGAUGGUUUGCCGAAUGGGGAGAUGAUUAUUGCCAAAAACGAAGAAAUUUAGAGUUGGAGGUGAAGAACGAGUGUAAAAAACAUAAUGAUUAUGACGGAUGUAAAGAUAAUAAUAAUGAUAAUACUUGUGUUAACGCGUGUAAAGCAUAUGAUGGAUAUGUUACAAAAAAAAAAGGAGAAUAUCAAAAACAAAGAACAAAAUUUGAUGAAGACAAAUCCAGAUCACCUUUAAUUGAUGGAUAUAAAGAUUUUUCAAAUAAGGACGCUCAUGAUUAUUUGAAAGAUAAAUGUUUGGAUGGUACAUGUUCUUGUAUGCAGAAAGUAAAAGAUAAUAAUUUUUAUUGGGAUGAACCUUUUAAAACGUAUGAAACCAAUAAUCUUGAAAAAAAGUGCGAAUGUGCGCCUACUCCACAACCUUCUCCAUUUCCUAUACAACCGCAACCAAUAACAGAAAAUAUGAGUUGUGUAGAAAAAGUGGCAUAUAAAUUACAAAAAGAAGCAGAAAAAAAUGUGAAUAGUAAUUUGAAAGGAACACCUCAAACAAAUUUCUAUGAUGAAUGUAACAACGUUCAUGACGUUGUUCAAGGAAAACAGGGUUAUAAAACAAUUAAUAAAGGAAAUUUAGAUACUAUAUUUCCAACGAAUGAAGAUUCAUGCGAAAAUGACGGAACCGAUCGUUUAAAUGCUGGAAAAACAUGGAGAUGUGAUAACAUAAAUAAUAGACAAAAUAAUUUAUGUUUGCCUCCAAGAAGAGAACAUAUAUGUAUAAAAAAAAUACAAACUAUGAUGAGUUCAAAAAUUGACAAUGAAAACAAAUUGUUGAAAGAAGUAAUGGAAGCUGCAAAAAAUGAAGGCAUAGAUAUAUUAAAAAAGUUGAAACCAGAAAACGAAACUGAAUUUUCUGAUAUAUGUGAUGCUAUGAAAUAUAGUUUUGCUGAUAUAGGAGAUAUAAUUCGUGGAAGAGAUUUGUGGAAUAAAGAUCCGAACUUUCAUAGAAGAGAACCAAGAUUACAAAAUAUUUUUAAAAAAAUACAUAAUAAUUUAGAAACAUAUAAACAUAAAUAUCCGUAUGAUCAUCCAAAAUAUUUGAAAUUACGAGAAGCUUGGUGGAAUACAAACAGAGAAGCAAUAUGGAAAGCAAUGACAUGUGCAGCACCAAGAGAAGCCAAUUUUCUAAAAAGGGACGAAAAUGGCACUAUCAUAUCUUCACAAGAUAAAUGUGGUCAUGAUAAUGAUCCCCCUGAUGAUGAUUAUAUCCCUCAACCUUUUCGCUGGAUGCAGGAAUGGAGCGAAAAUUAUUAUAAAAUCAGAAAAAAAGAAAUUCAAAAUUUACAGACGUCAUGUAAAGAUUGUGCAACUAGUGGUUCCUCAUGUACUAAUGAUGUUGAUGGAACAAAAUGUGAAAAAUGUAAAGAAACAUGUAAAUCUUAUAGUGUUUUUGUCCAACAGUGGCAAAAACAAUUAGAUAAACAAUCAAAACAAUAUAAAAAUUUAUAUGACGAAGCAAACAAAAAUAGUAGGAAUGGUAGUACUACUCCUACAUCUAGUAAUGGUAACAAUGUAACAGAAUCACGACCACGUUCACGAAAUAGACUUACAAAUACAACUCUUGAAGACGAUGAUAAUAAAGGUAUAAAUAAUUUUUUAAAAGGAGUGAAAACUCAAUGUUCAGAUCCAAAUAGUGUCGAAACAUAUCUCGAUAAAGCAAAUAAUUAUGUAAAUUGUACAUUCGGUUCCGAUCAAAAGACAGACGAAAAAUAUGCUUUCAAAGAGACACCUGAUGGAUAUGAGAACGCAUGUGAAUGCGAAGCUCCCGAUCCCUUAGAUGAUUGUCCUUAUAAAACAAACAAUAAUACAUAUGAAAAAGUGUGCAAAAAUUUGUCUACUACACAAACAUGUGACAAGAAAAAUUUUAAUAAUGAUCUGGAAGAAUGGUCAGGAAAUAAUGUUCUUAAUAGUUCGGGUAUCAAUUAUGGUGUAUUAGUUCCUCCUAGAAGAAAACAAUUGUGUCUGAGGAAUUUAGCGACAAAUUUGAGGGGUAUAAAAAGUAAGGAAGACUUCAAACAAAAAUUUAUUCAAUAUGUGUACAACGAAGGAAAAUUGUUACGAGAUACAUAUAAACACCAACCUAAAAAAGCAUUAGAAGCUAUGAAAUAUAGUUUUGCUGACUAUGGAGAUAUAAUUAAACGAAAAGAUAUGAUGGAUAAUUUAAGUUUGUUGCAAUCCAAAUUAGAUGAACUUCUUAAAGAAACUGGAUCUAACGGUCAAUCAGAUGGUCGUGAACAAUGGUGGGAAGAAAAUAAAAAAAACAUCUGGAAUGCCAUGUUAUGCGGAUAUAAAAAAUCAAAUAAAGGACCUAUAGAUAUGGAUACAAAUGAUAUAUGUACAUUUCCUAAAACUGAAGAAGACGAAAACCAAUUUUUACGAUGGUUAACUGAAUGGGCAAAAUUGUUUUGUUAUGAAAAAGAAAAAGAAGCAAAACGAUUUGUCCAUGAAUGUAUAAAAAGGCAAAAAGUUCAAGGAAAAUCAAAAUCUAUUGAUAACAUUGAAGAUCCAUAUUGUAAAAGUGUAUUUGAUAAUUAUAGAAAUUGGUACCUUAAAAGACGUAACCAAUGGGAAGGUUUAAAGGAGAAAUAUAAAAAAUAUAAAUCUCUUCAUGAAAAUGGUAAUGUUCAAUCAUCUGGAGGUACAGAUCUACAAGAAAAUGCCGAAAAAUAUGUAAAAGGCAAAUGUGAACAAUGUGAUUGUACAUAUACCGAUUUGGAUACAAUAUAUGAAAAAAAAGAUAACCAAAAGGAAUUAUUCACCGAAUUAAUUAACAUUGCAACAACCGAUGCUUAUUUUCCAAAAAAUCAAUUGGACCCUAUCCAUAAUUUAGUUCAACAUGCAACAACAUUAUCUAGAAUAGCUAUUCAAGGUGUAAUUCAAGAACCAACAAAAUUUGUACAAGAUGCACUUCAAAAAAUAGUAAGUACUACUUUUGAAACAUUAGCACAUAUUAAGAAAACUAUAAAUGAUAUACAAGAACAAAAAAAAAAUCAGAAUAUAAAACCCCCUACACCUGUUGCACCUACAAAACCUGUUCAACCUUCAACACCCGUUUUACCCACACCUGAUAUAUUAUCCUCCACUCUCCCUGUUGGAAUGAGUUUUGCUUUAGGUUCUAUCGCUUUAUUGUUUUAUAUUAAGAAAAAACCUGCCCUUCGAUCUACCAAUUUAUUUCGAGUUAUUGAUAUACCACAAAAUGAUUAUAGUAUGCCUACACACAAAUCAUCAAACAAAUAUGUCCCUUACAGAAGUCAUGGAUAUAAAGGCAAAACAUACAUAUAUGUCGAAGGAGAAGAAACAGACGAUUAUGUUCGAGAUAUAUCUUCUUCGGAUAUCACUUCUUCAUCAGAAAGUGAGUAUGAAGAGAUUGAUAUAAAUGAUAUAUAUCCCUAUAAAUCACCUAAAUAUAAAACUUUGAUAGAAGUCGUACUAAAACCUAGUACAAAUAAUAACGUACAAGAUACUUAUACAGAUGAUGUGAAAGAUAAUAGUGAUAAACCCACAAAUAAACUUACGUAUAAUGAAUGGAAUCGACUGAAACAUGAUUUUAUUUCGCAAUAUUUACCAAACGUACCAAAGGAUUUACCUAAUGAAAAUACCAUUGAUGAUAAUAUGCCUAAGGAUACACAACCUAAUAUUUUACCAAAUAAUAUGGAAGAAAAACCUUUUAUUACAUCUAUUCAAGAUAGAGUUUUACAUGGUGAUAACGAGGUUACUUAUAAUAUAAAUUGGAAUGUUCCAAAACAUACACAGAUAUAUUCUAACAUUACACAUACUCAUAAGGACAAUAGUUUAUAUAGUGGUAUUGAUUUAAUCAAUGAUUCGUUAAAUAGUAAUCAACAUAUUGAUAUUUAUGAUGAGUUACUCAAAAGAAAAGAAAACGAAUUAUUUGAGACUAAACAUACAAAACAUACAACAACAAAUAGUGUUGUAAAAGAAACAUAUAGUGACCCUAUAAGUAAUCAAAUAGAUUUGUUCCAUGAAUGGUUAGAUAGACAUAGAGAUAUGUGUAACAAAUGGAAUAAUAAGGAAGAAAUGUUGAACCAAUUGAAUGAAGAAUGGAAAAAUGAAAAUAAGGAACAUGUAUUAGAUAUUCCAUUUAACGAUAAUGCUAUUCACAAAAUUAAUGAUGAAACAUAUAAUAUGAUUAAUGCAAAUACUAAUGAACUUAAUGAUAUAACAUCUCUUGAAGAUUUUGGAUCAACAAAUAUUCCAUAUAGUGAUCUUAUAACGAAAAAUAAUAAUUCUCAAAGACAAAAUUUACGCAAAAAUAUAUCUAUGGAUAUAGAUUUUGAUGAAAAUAAUAAUAUAACACGUGAAGAUCAGUUGGAAAAUAUGUACAAUUUUUGA